CGUAGGUUGUAGGUUUUUAAUCGAGAUAGGUAUUUAUAAAUUAUAUAAAACAAGUAUUUUUGUUUUAUUUCCUUGUUGUACGUUGAGCGUUAAGAUUGCGUGAGAGGAAAUGUUUCUUUUUAUACAUGUCGAUAUCAUAUGUAGGUCUGAAAAGUGGUGCAGUGAAUGGCUCGCCUUAACUGCCACUUUCAAUGCUGUUUUCUUCUUGGACUUAUAUAGACACUACAUGUUUAGUUAACUAGAUUUCUGCUUCAGCAGUAAGUACUCGAACCCGUUAUCUCUUGUCUUUGGUUGUAGAGGAUUAUUAUAGUUCUUUUCUGGCAACGUCCGUUCCAACUUAGGUUUUUCCCUUGUUUAAUUUUCCUUCCUCGUUGAAGAGGAUUUCCUAACUUUUGGUUCUAUAACCAGAUGGUUGCGUAGGCACUGACAAUAUCUAGGGGGAUGCAAAUUCAUUUUAGUAUUUACUUUUUUUGUUUAUUUCACUCAGCUAAUGGUUUACCACGUUUGUUGAAGUUUGAUGGUAGGGGCACGUAAAGCUUUUCGAAGUCAAAAAAAUAUUCAUAAUUUCAAUCCUGAUUGUUUAAUAUUUCUCCUGUGAGCGAGUUCACAAAAUAAAAGUUUAGUUGUCAGUAAUGCACGCCGCAAAUAUUUUGUCGAUACCUUCAAUAGCUAGUGAACAUUUAACAAACAUUGAUCAUGUUACGUUCUUGGCAGAACAUAUUCGUAAAGCAAACUUGGGGUAACUGCGAACAUGUCGGCUUUUGUCCACUAAAUCACCGAUAAGUUAGAGGUUCGACUAUGGCAAAGACUGACUAGGCCAGAUAUGCAGGCAAUCGACUCAAAAUAACAAAAACCGGCAACAAGGGUUGGUGGUUUUUUUAGGAAACAACUAUAAUAACACAAGAAUAAAACAUCGAUUCAAAGGACUUAGGGGAAGAACGAUAUAAAAACCAAAUGAAAUAACGAAAAUAACUGAAAUAAGAACAAAAUCAAGCUUGGACAAAAAUAACAAAUCUAUCCAGGCAAACGUUACGAUAAUAAGGAAAAUAACAGAUCUAUAUAACCGGGAAAUAAAGAGUUGGUAUGAAAAUAACAAAGUGAGUGAUAAUGAUUUGUUAGUGACGUACAAGCUGCUCGUUAUUUUCCCUUUACCCUUUCGUGGUAAAUUUGAUGCCCCCUCCAUCUUCCAAGUCCUUCCAGUUUCAUGCAUUUCAUGAAAUUUCACUAAAGAAAGGGCAAGAUUUUACUAUGUCUUCUUACUUUAUCUCUAGUUCCUCGUCAUUUUUGUCUGAAAAGAAUCUUCGACACGAGAUAAAAACUGUUUUUAAUAGCUCAUGAAACCGCACACUCUAAUGACAAAGCGAUCGACAAGAAACCACAGAACAGCUUGACUGAUAGGCAGAGGUUAACCAGAUUGAAACUGAUGUAUUUAUUCGGCACACUUGUGCUUUCUUGCUCUUUGUAUUCGGUUCAAUAACUGCAUGAAUACGUGUUUCAUUUCCGUCGAAAGUAAAUCUUAGGUUCAUUGCCUACGCGGUGACUUAGCGCAUACAAGAUAGACAGAAAAGUAUGAAGGGUAUUCCCAAGGUUAUUUCUCUCAAGUUAUUUUUAGACGUGGUAGCCAGUUCUUCUUCAGGCAAUAUUACCACGAAUAUGACUGUAAAGCCACUGAAACUGUCCACGUGAGUCGCGUCGCGGGAUUGGCUCUUUCUGCGAAGAACCUCGUGGGAUUUCUGAAGCCACGAAUGAUCUAAAAAUAACCUCUAAAGGAUUCAUUGGGAAUAAGGCCUAUACGGGAGAUUUCUUGAUGAUAAUGAAUUAAGGCAAAAUUAAAAUUGCAUGACCUCGGUAGGCCCUUUUGUUUACUUAAUAAUUCAAUCGCAAAAUUUUUAAAAUUACCUUGGUUGUUAAAAGUGACAAAAACUAACUUUUAUACAUCUAGAGUUAAACGCAUAUGAUGAAAAUAGUUUAUAAUUCAGUUGAAAUCCGAAGAUACUGAUGGCCCGGCACGUAUGAAAUGAAGAAGUCUAAAACAAUGAAUUCAAAUCAAUAAUUUUCAAGUCUGCCCUGUUUCAAGCAGCUUGCAAUAUCGUCAAACAUAUUGUGCGGCCCUAUAAUGUCUAAGAAUAAAACAAACGUUUGCAGCGCUAGAAAUUUGUCUCGGUACGUUAGGAAGAAGGGUUUUGGUUUCUUAAGACACCAGUUCGUUCAUAUUUUGUUUUAUUGAAUGAUGGUUUUUGUUGGGGAAUGCUAAAACGGCCUGAAAGCAAUGAUAUCUGUACAUGAAUCUGCGGGCUGCACCAAACUCAGCAACUAUAGCCGGGCUAGACUACUAACGGAUGUCAACAUAAAACGAAUUGAAACUCAAAAAUGAAAAAUGAAACUGCGCUGAUAGAAGAUAAUUCCAGUGUUAAAAAGCCCGUGAAACGCCUAUGAAAAAGCAGUUAAAUUGGGACUGAAAACUGAAGAGAAUAUACAGCCAGUCUAGAUGGGAGAACAUAAGCCAUUGCCAAAAUCGAUCGACAAGCAAUCAAAUUGAUAUAUUUUUUUAGCAGACCCUAAAAAGUCGAGGCCAUGUUUUGGAGAGGUAACGCACAUCUGGUACUGAAUUAAUUUCCUUUGUUCGUCAGAAAGUUGAAUAAGCAAAUAAAUGUUUAGGCAAACUAAAUCAAAAAUACUGGACGUAAUUUGAAAUUUGUUUUUCUUAUGCUUUUUAACACAUUUAUUUCAUCACUAAGAUUUAAGUGCAAGCUAAUUUAACAGAAAUACAGCAGGUUCAGGUGCCUUAAGUUUUUCAGAAACGCCACAACUUGGAGCAAUUGGCAGAACACUCGUCUUCUUAAGAACAUUAAGUUAAUCUCUUUGUUAUUUAUAACAGGUCUUGCGUGUUCUGCGUGAUCAGCCACUUAUGAAGACAUUAAUAAGAUAACUUUUGUUAUUUUUAAGAGCCAAUGGGUCUGUUUAUCAUGCCGAUCUCAUCUGCAGGUCAUUUCCAAAACACUUCACUUCCUUAUACUUGAAGUGCAUUUAGCUUAUGUAAACACAGCACGAAUGUUCUCGACAAUAAAGAAACAGUUUUAGCAAGACGAGUUUAAUAAUCUGAAAUGAAUAUAUAAUCAUGCAGUUUUUCUGACGAACUCGCUGGCAGGCGCUCAAUUUGGCAGAAAAACACAAUUAGUUUCUUACUAAUUGCAAAAUGAGGAUAUAGCAAAUGUGUUAACGGCCUUCAUGGGAUUUAGAGUCCGCGGUGUGUUGUGUAUUAUUUGUUUUGCGACAUGCUGGGUUCGAUGGUUUUGCGGAGUGCUUCAAUUCACAGGAGGUGUGUUUUUUUCAUUAAUGUGGCAAGAGUUCUGGCGUCAGUUGGGUCUCACUAGUGUCGAGACAGCAUAUUUUCUCUGGAUGUUAGACCAAUAAUAGAUUUUAAAAGGUUCUCGGAUGCAGCUGUAUUCGUAACUCCGUCCUUCUUAAUCUUGUCCGAAGUACGUUGGACAGUUUUUGCCCAGAAACUCAAUUUUCACAUAACACUGGCCGAGUGCAACAAGAAACGAAGAUUGAAUCACACCCAAAGCUUGUUUUGGUGGAAUCAGGAAAAGCAAUUAACCUCAGCUCACGGGAGGCACGAACAUUGUUUCCUUUGGCGUUCCAGCGAAAUAACAUCGAGAUUAUUGGCCUCAGCAAGUUUCUUGGGCAGAGCCAGGAUUCUAUUUAAACAGAGAACGCAUUUUAUAACUCAUUCAGUUGUACAUGGCGCCUUGGUAAGUCUUGCACUGUGCAGAACGAGAGGUCAGCUGAGGUCGGCGAUCGCUUGAGAGCGCUCUCCUCUCUACACUCGAGCAUGUCAUUUGAGCGAACAAACAGAAGAGUGAUUUCUAAGAACUGAUCUGCGAUCCAUUUUUCGUCUUUUAUUAUCUUCCUCAAAGUCGCGGAAUCAUUUGAAGACUAUUUGAAACCCGACCAGGUAACAAGGUAUUUUUCACUCAAGAAAUGUGGACUCGGUGACAUGAAGAGUUGAUAAUUUCCUCCUGGGACCAUUUAUCAAAUCAUCAUUGGAUUAGACUACUCUGCGUGUUCUUAGAGAUUCACAGCUGUUAACUGCAAACUCUUGGACAUUUAAAAUCGUGACGAUCCGAGGCAUCUACUCUUGGCGUAACUGACCACAAAGAAACGAGCCAAGACCUACCUGGAGAAAAUAUCAGAUCCCUUUAUUAAUAGCAGAGCGACAGGACGAAGAUGUCAAUCUCAUCACUAAACGACACCAUUGCAGAAAACGAAGAGCAAUCUGUUCUUGACACUCCAGAAGACAAAGCCCAGCUCUGUGUUUAUGUGUUAACAUUUCUCUUGGGUUCCGUUGGAAAUGUGCUAGUGUUGUUGGUUGUUCGAAGCAAGAAGAACCGAACAGUCAAUGAUCUGUUCAUUGUGAAUUUGGCCAUCUCCGACCUCCUCAUGAUUGGCUUUCUACCGAUAUACACGGCCAAAAUUCUGGUCAAAUUUCGUCACACUACGGCGUUUUGCAAGAGCAUUUCACCCCUCGCAACCAUGACGUUUUUUGUCAGUGUGUUCACAUUGACAUCCAUGGCAAUACACCGCUGUUAUGUGAUCACAAACCCGUUUAAACCUGAGAUGCUGAAAUGGAAGAUCAUGGUUUGGUUGGUGGGCUUGUGGGUAGCGUCAUUCCUGGCUGUUCUGCCUCUAGUGCUGGUUGCACAAGGAGGGCUACCAGGAACUUAUGACUGCUCUGAAAAUUGGCCUUCGUUGAAGGCCAGGAAGGCUUACACUGCGUGCUUGUUUGUACUGCAGUAUUCACUUCCGUUGGCCAUUAUCACGGCAGCGUAUAUAAGGAUAGCAGUUGACUUACUCAAGUCGAGCACGGAGAGAUAUGGACCAGGACGAAGUCUCAACAACAAUCGACGCGACAGAAACGCGCUCUUGCGUCUCGCACGCAAAGAAGACGUUCAGGUUUUAAAAACAGUAGCAGUGAUCGUAUUAGUGUUUGCAAUUUGCUUGUUGCCAGUCCAGCUUUCUUGGAUGAUGUUAGACUUUGGCGGCGAAAAGGAACGACGCAUUGCCUUGGAGGUGUUUUUCAAGUUUGACGUUCCUCUUUCGAUACUCCACAGUUGCCUAAAUCCUCUGGUCUAUGGAACACUGACGAGACGCUUUAGGAGAGGUUACAUAAAGUACCUCGUGUACGUGUGUCCUUGUUUAAGGAAGCGAUUUUCCAGUUACAAUGCACCUCUGUCUUCUCAUAUCCAUAAUAAUCACGGGUCGAAGCAAAAUGGUUCGGCUUUUAAUCAAAGUGAUGACGAAAAGAUCCCGUUUGGACGAACUAGUUCCGAACGCGACACCAAAAUUACUGAAGUUUAAUGAGUUGGUUGAUCCCCUAGCGAGGAGGUGGUUGCAGGGGUUUCGUUGAAACGUAUUUACAGGAACUUUAGUAACAUUACACUCAUCAAACUUGAAAAGACUAGAUUGUGAGUCGAGUGGCAACCACUUGUUGAUUGAAGAACGUGAAGGAAUGAAACGAUUAUAAUGACCUGAACAUGGUUUUCGUUAAUCUAGGUCCCAGAUAUCUUGUGGACGAAUAUCCUAACGAGCAAAAUGGACUUGACUCAACAAUUGUGUUGUUAAGGGCUCACAUAGUACCGCACACAGUCGAGAUGUGAUUCAGAACGAAUACGUCGCAACUUGAGAGUGGUUGCCCUUGUUUAAAAUCCAAUGUAUAGUUCAACAAGAAAGUAAAACAUCCUCAUUUACACGUAUUUUG